UCAGAGGAGUCAGUGGUGCGUCCUCGCGCUCCAACAGCUCGGACUUCUGGAGAUAUAAGCCAGGAGGAGGAGCAGUCAAAGUUUCCCAGAGAAGGAAAAAGUCUGUGAGUCUACGAGAAGAGAACCUUUAAGAUCUUCAACGUUGGGUAAAGCGGAAUAUCGCGCGUUGUUGUUGGCAUGGAAUGACACCUUCCCGACAGAAGCUUGGAAAAACACGAUGGCAGCCCGUUUUCUGAAGUGGAUCAGCCUCACCUCUGUGCUCUGCCUGUGCUGCUGUGUUCUGGCGGAAAAGAAAGUAUGCCAAGGCAUCACCAACCGUUUAAACCUUCUGGGCUCCAAAGAGGACCACUACCUGAACAUGGUGAAGACCUACAGCAACUGCACUGUGGUCCUGGAGAACCUGGAGAUCACUUACAUGGAGGAACACCGUGACCUGUCCUUCCUCAGGUCUAUUGAAGAAGUGGGCGGUUACGUCCUGAUUGCCCUCAACACAGCAUCCAAGAUUCCUCUGGAGAACCUGCGCAUCAUUCGAGGUCAUUCUCUCUAUGAAGCAAAGUUUGCCCUUGCUGUAUUUGCCAAUCUUGACAAACCUACAGGUCAGGCCACCAGUGAGCUUCUUCUCACCAGCCUGACAGAAAUUCUUAAAGGAGGAGUUAAGUUUGGAACCCACAGGCUUUGCAAUGUGGAAACAAUACAGUGGUACGAUAUUGUCAACACUGACAGCAAACCCGUCAUGGAGCUCCCAAUGGCCAGCAACAAUCCAAGUUGUCAAAAAUGCGACUCGAGCUGCUUCAAUGGUUCGUGCUGGGCACCUGGUCCUCAAAACUGUCAGACAUUAACAAAGCUGAACUGUGCACAGCAGUGUUCCGGGAGAUGCAAAGGGCCUUCUCCCAGCGACUGCUGUAAUGAGCACUGUGCUGCAGGCUGCACAGGACCACGGCCCACCGACUGUUUGGCCUGUCGGGACUUCCAGGACGAUGGGGUGUGUAAAGACUCCUGUCCGGGCCUCAUGCGCUACGACCCAAACCUGCACCAGCUUGUACCCAACCCACAUGGGAAGUACAACUUCGGGGCCACCUGUGUCAAGAGCUGCCCACAUAACUAUGUUGUGACUGAUCAUGGAGCGUGUGUGAGGACAUGCAGUGAGAACACGUACGAGGUGGACGAGGGAGGAAUCAGAAAGUGUGCCAAGUGUGAUGGACUGUGCCCAAAAGUGUGUAAUGGACUCGGCACAGGAAACCUGACUCACACCUUGUCUAUCAAUGCCACCAACAUUGAAUCUUUUAGAAACUGCACGAAAAUCAACGGUAACAUAGGUAUCAUCCACACAUCGAUUCAUGGGGAUACAUAUACUAGAACGCCAAAGAUGGAGCCUGCCCAACUUGAUGUGUUCAAGACAGUUAAGGAAAUUACUGGAUACUUGUGGAUUCAAACGUGGCCAGAGAGCAUGAGCUCACUCAGUCCUUUUGAGAAUCUGGAGAUCAUCCGAGGACGAACCAAGCGAGGAAGCCGCAGUGUGGUUGUGGCUCAGCUCAGGAUCACCUCCCUGGGCCUUCACUCCCUCAAAGAAAUCAGCGAUGGGGACGUGGUGAUCAUUAAGAAUCAGAACCUGUGCUACACCGACAAAAGCCACUGGAAGAGGCUCUUCAAAUCAGAAAGCCAGAGUGCUACAGUAGAGGAAAAUGCUGAUGUUGCCUCAUGUGCUCUGCAGAACAACACUUGUGACAGGAAGUGCACCAUGGAUGGCUGCUGGGGCCCCGGCCCUGACAUGUGUUUGGCCUGCCGUGACUACAGCCGUCAUGGGAGCUGUGUUGACUCCUGCAACAUCCUGGAAGGAGAGUCGCGGGAGGCCGUCGUGAAUACAACCUGCAUGCAGUGUCACCCCGAGUGUCAACACAUGAAUGGGACUAUAACCUGCAGCGCACCUGGUGCUGGAAACUGUACAAAGUGUGCCAACUUCCAGGAUGGACUGUUCUGUGUGUCUCGAUGUCCUCAAGGCGUGCCGGGGGAGGACGACACGCUGGUGUGGAAAUACGCCGAUGAGAUGAAAGUGUGCCAGCUGUGCCACAAAAACUGCACUCAAGGGUGUACUGGGCCUGGUCUCGAAGGCUGCCAGAAUAAAAGCUCUUCUGGUCUGUCCAUGAUUGCGGCUGGUGUAGUCGGCGGACUGCUGGCUGUUCUUAUUGCGGGCCUCUCUGUGUUUGUGUUGCUACGCCGACGCCACAUCAAGAGGAAGAGAACCAUGCGCAGACUCCUCCAGGAGAGAGAGUUGGUUGAACCUUUGACUCCAAGUGGGGAGGCACCAAACCAGGCUCUGCUACGGAUCCUGAAGGAACCUGAAUUUAAGAAAAUCAAAGUGCUGGGAUCAGGAGCUUUUGGUACAGUUUACAAGGGCCUGUGGGUUCCAGAGGGAGAGGAUGUGAAGAUCCCAGUGGCCAUCAAGGUUUUGAGAGAGGCCACAUCACCCAAAGCAAACAAAGAGAUCUUGGAUGAGGCUUACGUAAUGGCCAGUGUGGAACACCCCCAUGUGUGUCGCCUGCUCGGCAUCUGCCUGACUUCCACAGUGCAGCUGGUCACCCAGCUGAUGCCCUACGGCUGCCUGCUGGACUACGUCAGAGAGAACAAGGACAACAUCGGCUCGCAGUACCUGCUCAACUGGUGUGUGCAGAUAGCCAAGGGCAUGAACUACCUGGAGGAGCGCCACCUGGUACACCGUGACUUGGCAGCGAGAAAUGUCCUGGUAAAGAAUCCUCAACAUGUCAAGAUCACAGACUUUGGUCUGGCCAAACUCCUCAACGCAGAUGAGAAAGAAUAUCAUGCAGAUGGUGGAAAGGUGCCAAUAAAGUGGAUGGCUCUUGAGUCUAUCCUGAACAGAACCUACACACACCAGAGUGACGUUUGGAGUUAUGGUGUAACAGUUUGGGAACUGAUGACAUUUGGGACUAAACCAUAUGAUGGGAUCCCAGCCAGUGAGAUAGCUGGAGUCCUGGAGAAAGGGGAGCGACUGCCUCAACCACCAAUCUGUACCAUAGAUGUCUACAUGAUCAUGGUGAAAUGCUGGAUGAUUGAUGCAGAUAGCCGACCUCGCUUCCGUGAACUAAUAGCUGAGUUUACGAAGAUGGCUCGGGAUCCUUCCCGUUAUUUGGUCAUUCAGGGUGAUGACGCGAUGCACCUGCAGAGUCCCUCAGACACCAAACUGUUCCGCAGUCUGAUCAGUGUGGAGGACAUGGAGGACGCGGUGGAUGCAGACGAGUACCUGGUGCCACAACACGGUUUCUUCAGCAGCCCGAGCACCUCCCAAACCCCGCUGCUUCACUCUACAAGCCUCAGCAGUAGCAUUGGAACAUUCAGCAGCAGAAAUGGCUUAUUGAGCGGAAUACCAAGCAAAGAUGGAAGCUUUCUUCUCCGUUAUGUUCCUGACCCCACCAACACACUUUUAGAUGACGCCUUCCAGCCAUCUCCAGACUAUAUGAACCAGAACGGACUCUCUGAUUUGAUGAAUCCCAUCUACCAGCAGCCUGGUCCCCCGCGCACCAUCCUUCCCACCAUCUCUUCAGAUGACACGGAGACAGAGUACCUGAACUGCUUUAAAAACGGGGCCAACGGACCCGAGUACCUCAACGAGUUCCCGUCCCCCGCCAUCCUCCCACUCACGUCCAAUGGAAAGGUCCACAGCAUUCAGAAAUGCCAGCUCCAAAAUAGCAUAGACAACCCUGACUACCAACAGGAUUUCACUUCCCACUUCAAGACCCACACAAAUGGACACAUCCCAGCAGCGGAGAAUUCAGAGUACCUGGGCCCAGACUGAGGACUUAGUGGAUACAGACCAAAAAUCUGAGACUGAUUUCUGCUCCACUGAGAAAAUGCAUUGAUGUCUUGGCUAUGAAAGCAUAGUUAAGUGGUACCAUCAGUUAUUAUAUAAUUUGUAUCCUGUCUUAGGGAGUCAAGUGACAUUUAAUGCAGCUUCCUGUGUUGUUUGCAUGCAGAAACCCCUCUCAUUCCCAAAGAACUGUUUUUACCUUACCUCCAAACUACAAAUGACUCUUUCUCGAUGAAAGCUUGACUGAAGCUGACACAUACAUGACUCAGUUGACCUGAGAAUUGCUGGACUAGAUAAAUAUGUGUUGCAAUCCCGGUCAGAAAGUGAACGUCUAUCCUGGAAAAAAGACUGCUACUAAAAGGAUGUAAAUUCCUCCAAUUUUUUGAGGAAGCAGAAACUCUUGCCAUGAACAGAAACUGGCAGCUCAAGCCAAAACGCAACGAGGUACAUGUGUUGUAGAACCACAAGUCGGAUACACAGUCAGUGAACGGUAUUGAUAUGUUGGAGUUUAAACACACAGUGGUGCGUUCACUGGACGCUGCUGUGAAGCCUCAGAACAUUUUGCUCUAAGUCAACAUGAUAAAAGGGAGGUUUGGGGAGUAAACGGUGGCUUGACUGUCGAAGUCCUCAGAGACCUGACGACACUCAUCCUGAAGGAUGAGUCAAUGCGGAAGCAUAGCGUUCCAAUGUAUAGAAUGUAUAGUCAAAGUAAAGGGGAGAACUGUUGAAUUGUAACAUUUAAAUAUGUUACCUUUAUGUUCUAAGACGGUUCUGGUUGCUGUGUGUCUUAAACUGAAAGACGAGUUUCCUGUAUCCCCUGGUGAUAUCACAACUUAACUAUGUAGAGAAUGUAAUGGUAAAUAAAUGUGAUUGUGGUCAUAUUCUGAAAACUUGCAGCCAUGCUGUAGCAUUAUGCAUACUUAUGUGGACCUAGAAAGUUAGCUAAACUCUGAGCUUUAUAUCAGAAUGGCACAUUAGUGUACCCAGGAAGCGUUUUCACUGUUUACUUUUCACAGAUGGUAUCUUUUGUAACACUGAUGGCACUCACAGCUCAUCUGCUUUUUUACUGAUCAACGCUCAAUAUGAGCAAAACUGAAAAGCUGCAAAACAGUAGAGGGAUUAAAACUGUCACUUCGUAAUGCGCCUGAAUAAAGUUUUCAUGAUUUCUAUGUUUUUUCACUUGUAAAAAUGCUGGUUGAACUGUCUUAGGUCAUGUAAGUAACUUGUUUGGAGUUUUAGAUUGGAAGAAGACUAUAUAGACAAAAGUACUGGGACACCUGACCAUUACAACAACAGGGACUUUAAUGGCAUCACAUUCUAAAUAGAUAAACUGCUUUGCAGCUGUAACAGCUUCCACCAUUCUGGGAAUUUUCUUCCACAAGAUUUUAGAGUGUUUCUGUGGGGAAUUUUUGUCCAUUCAUGCAGAAGAGGAUUUGUGAGGUCAGCCACUGAUAUUGGACAAAAGGGCCAACCCCUGAAAAACAGCCCCAUAAAGAGGUGUGUCUUGAUACUUUUGUCUAUAUAAUGUAGUUUCCCCCCCCCGUAAACAUGAAUUGUUUUAUUUGAAUGGCUCUAUAUCAAGUCACAAACCAGGAAUGUGCUGAUGUCUGUGGUCUAAUGUGUCUGUAUUAUUAGCUGUAGACAUUUCCUUGUUUUUGUGUCGUUUUUUUGUUGUUGUUUUUUUUAAAGCUAAAGUGUAGUCUGUUGUUUCACACGGGGUUGACAUCAUAUCUGCGAAUCUGCUCCUAGCUUUAAAGUCUUGCACUCUUUCAAGAGCAUUAACUUUUCCAAUAUUAUUCCUAGUUUUAAGUGAACAUACUAUUGUAGCAACCUGUACGACUACUUUUGCAGAUUUUACACAGGUACAUGUACAGAAAACAGUGAUUAUGCUGCAACAUAUUCCAAAAUAGUCACCUAUAAUUUAUACUCAAUACACAGUUUUGUCACAUCAUAUGUGAACAUGCACUUAAUCCUGAAUUGUGAUUAUUUCAUUCAGAAGUGAAAAUGAAUAAAUCUUUUUUUUUUCUACAGACAAA